AUGCAUUUCACCACCAUCACACUAGCCACCCUCCUAGCCUCCGCCUCCGCCGGUGUCGUCCCAGCCGUCCCAGCCAUAAGACAUGACCCCAUCACCAAACGCAGCGAAGCAACCUUCGACCCCAACGGCAACAUCAAACUCACCUUUUCGAGAGAAACCGUCAAAAUCGGCAGCCUAACCACCGAAGCCAUCAUAUCCGCCAUCUAUCCCAUCUGCCACGAAUCCGGCCAAUGCGAGACCAACGACAUCGACCUGAAAGGCAUGCUCAUUACCCCCAGCCGCGUCGACGCCAUAAAAGUGACUCUCGGCCCCCAUGGCGCCUACCCAACCUGGAUCCGCAACGGCCUGGUCGACGCCCUCGGCGCCGCCGCACGCACAGUGGCAAAGUGCGAGAAGGGAACCCAUGUGGACAAGUGCUUCGGUACCACUGCUAUGGCGUAUUGCCCGCAGAGGAAGAUUGAGUACCAGAACUGUGAGGUACCAAAGUUCUGGGGGAUCAACUACCAGAGCUCCAAGAACCCGGAUGGCGCGCCUCCUAACUUGAGCUUGGAUGUGAGCAUGGAGAAGGAGGGGGAUGGCGGGUUGUGUGAGGAUGUUAUGUCGGGGCUGGGGGCUGUUGCCGGCGCGGUCCAUGGAGUUGGUGGAGGCGUGUUCACCUUGUUGAGCUUUGCUUGUGAGUCUAAGUAG